AUGGAGAUGGCUUCACCUACGACCAAGUCUCGCCCCGUCGAAUCGCAGCUACGAGGGAUUAGAAAGAAGCGGAUGGCUUGUGAUGUCUGCCACGGCUCAAAGGUUCGCUGCAGUGGUGGCACGCCCUGCAACACCUGCAGCAGGCUCGGCACCGAUUGCGUCUACAGUUUUUCCAGCGUACUCGGAAGGCCGAAGAAUCGCAGGACAAAGAAGAUGGGAGUGGCACGUGAAGAAAAGGCGGCGGCAAAGCCAACAACGACGGAUCAAGCCAAAGAUGCCACCAAGGAUUCCAACGACCAAGAGCAUGCACAUAUCCCGGACAUGGACAUUUCCGGCUUUUACCCUGCCGAACACAAUUACUACAACGACAUUCCGCUCUGGGAGUCGUACUCUUGUCUGGAUUCUGACCCGACACACCUUCUUUGCGGCAACGUCGAACAUGUCAACAUCAGGCCGGAAGACGCUGUGACGAGUAUUUCCCCAGAGGUUCCUCCAGCGAGUCUCCCCGACUCGAAUGAUGCGGAGUAUAUCGCAAGUCUACAAACGCUUUCCAGGAGCCUUUCUCCCGAAAGGAACGCCAACAUACCGCAGCUCUUGUGCGAUUGCUUGAAGCGUUGCGCAGUGGUGCUGUCUGGGUUGAAGGCGCUGGAGAUGGAUGUACAGUUCCAGAUCGAUGCGGCGCUGUUACACAUCCGCAAAGCCACAGCCACCUGGAAGCAUGUGUUGCAGUGUAAUUGCUGCGAGAGGGGAAACCCUGAGGAAGCCGUUUACAUGGCCAUCAGCGGUGUGCGAGCAGCGUUACACUACCUCGUGGCUGUCUUCGGCAACGAGAUUGAGAAAGCCACUGAUACAUCAUCUGGCACCCUUUAUUCCGAUCCGUCCCAGAGUCUGCCCACUCCACAGGAAAUGCCACCUCAAGAGGACUAUCUUGCGUCCUCUAAGCACGUGAGCAGUGCAAUCGGAAGGUCGAACUUGGGAGGCUACGACAUGGAUGGAGAAGAGCAGGAACUCGUCGUAAAAUUCAUUGCGCUACGAUUGACAACGAACUCCAUUGUUCUGGCCUGA